GACUCGCAGUGAUGCGACUGCCUGGCCUCCUUCCAAUUAUUGCAGCCACUUUAACCACGGCCCAAGACUAUACGAUCACCUUCCGAAGCCUGGAAGAGGAGGACCCUUUAUCUUUACCUUCAGACUCUUCGUUCGUCUUCGAUGGUACCAACUCAGACAUUGCGCAGCAGCUCUACAUCCGUCACCAAGCUGGUGACACAAGCGCCGCAGUCUCCAUCAACUCAAUUCCGACUGCAGUGACGGACAGACUCGACCCGUUAAAGAUAACUUUUACUGACUUACCAGGACUGGUUCAACGCGCUGUUCUCUGGGAUACAGGCUUCGGUUUCUCUCCUACAGGCGACGCCGUGCAAAUUUGGACGAUAGGAGAUUAUACCAUGGCAGACAUCGCUGUUCCUCAAGACGAUAUCACCAAAGUGAACUGCACAAUGUUAGAGUGUCCUCAACCAAACGACAUCCCAGCGUAUUCAAGCCAAUACUGUUCCGGAACUCAGAUCCUCAACGUUUCUCGAUGUGUAGUCGACACGUUUGAAGACUCUGGUGCAUCAGAUUUCUUAGGAGUAAUGUGGUCUACAGGUGGGGACUCCACUAUGACCCCACACAUUCGACUGAGAGAUCAUACGUGGACGGAGCCUACCACCGGUGUUUCCUAUAGUGUCUAUGCUGUUCAUACGGUUUCUAGUGUUGACGAUCCGACUUGGAACCAGUGCCCUGCUAACGAUGGCUACUCUUCACUAAUCGUCCCGUGCCACAAGAGAAGCGAGUUCACCGACGCUGAGAUGGCUGCAUUGACGAGACCUACAGGGAGUGCGUGGGUGACGACGUGGCUAAAAGACGAGUUCGCAGUGGAAGACUCAGGAUUCGAAGAACUUCUAUUGAUUCCGGUUAUUCUAGUGGUGAUUGCUACCAUGGGGAUUGGCUGGUUCUGCUGGAAACGGAGCUCGAUGCUCAAGAGAGAACAGGCUUCUUCUUGCGAUUUUGACGUGGUUUCUCCAAAUUACUUGGAUGUUGUUACUCACGAACAAGCUCUUCGACGGACGGUGACGACUACGAGCUACGGGCCGUCCAUUUCUAGUCAUCCUGACGACUACGAAAGUGCUGGUUCCAACCAAACGUUAAAGAUAUUGCUGCAUAGUCAACAUCUUCACGGAAAUCGAAUCCCGUACGACAGUCUGGUUUUCCAGACGGAGUUAUCCAAAGGAGCGUCAGGAGAAGUCUGGAUCUGCCGCUACGGAGGCCAAGAAGUGGCAGUGAAGAAGUUACUGCAUACUAGAGACCAGAAGGCAGAAGACGUGCAGGUUUUCGCUGAAGAGAUCGAGUUGACGGCCAGUUUAAUUCAUCCGCACAUUGUCAAGUUCAUUGGGGUGGCUUGGAAUAGUCUCAGCAACUUGUCACUGGUGUUGGAAUAUGUUCCAAGAGGGAAUCUGAGGGACUAUUUACACACAAAUUCCGACAUCUUAUCGUGGGCGAGAGAUCGGAUUUUUAUGGCCAUUGCAGUGGCUGAAGCGCUGGAAUAUCUGCACUCUCGUACCCCCGCAAUUAUCCAUCGGGAUCUCAAGUCGAACAACAUUCUAUUGACUGAAAGUCUGGAUCCUAAACUCAUCGACUUUGGAGUGAGUCGAGGUAUGAUGGAUCUCACCAUGACAGCAGGUGUCGGUACUCCAUACUGGACGGCACCAGAGAUUCUGGAGGGAGAUCGAUACACUGAGAAGGCAGAUAUCUACUCGUUCGGUGUUGUAUUGUCGGAGCUUGACACGGGACGGAUUCCCUAUUUUGACGCAGUGGAAGACGACGGAACCAGAUUAAUGCCGUUCCAGAUCUUACAGGAAGUCAUGACUGGUACAUUGCGACCGAGUUUCUCAGCGGAUUGUCCCCCAAGAAUACAGAGGAUCGGCGCAGCAUGUUUGUCGUUCGAACCUUCGGAUCGACCGACAGCACAGGAGCUGAUCCAGUGGCUUGAAGGAAGACAUAGUGAAACAUUUUAGUCAACGUGAAGAUUUAUUGUGAAUAAAGGGUGAAUUUUAAAGCUGAA